AUGUCGCUAACGAAUUAUUAUUCCAUGAUGGGUUUGCAGACCGAGGAGCAGUAUGGUCACUUCAUCCCGGCCGGCUUGCAGGGUCCGGCGGCCGGCUGCAGCAAGCCAGCCCGGAGAGAGGAGGAGGAGGAGGAGGAGGAGGAAGAGGAGGACGGGACCUCCGGCUCACACAUUCCGGAUUUCUCCCAUUUCUCCAGCAAACAGACUGGUUUGAAUGGUUUCUCUCCCUGGGCCAACACCUCGGCCUCCUCUUCUCCCUCUUCCAACCCUGGAGCCUCCAUCCCCGGCCUUUUCCACCCACACCCCCUCCUGAGCCACCACCACCAGCACCACCACCACCACCACCACCCAUACUACACCCAGACCCACGCCGAGCACCUCGCACCUUCUUCGGAUAGUCGGUUCGUCCGGUGCUGGGAGGAAGGAGGUGCGACUCCCACCUCCUCCGGGUUCCCUGCUCAGGGUGACCUCUCCGACCCGAGUCCGAGGAGGUACGAGGCGGUCAAACCGGAGAGCUCACCUCCACCUCCACCUCCUCCACCUCCUCCUCCACCUCCACCUCCUCCACCCAGAGACAGUCCCGAGGAUCCCAGCUUCUCAGAGCCGGUUCUGGAGAGGCUCGGCACCGCAGAGGAGCAGGAGCCCAAAGUGGAGGACCAGGAGAGAAAAACCAAGAUUGACCCUGAAAACCCAGCAGCUAGUUGGAUCUAUGCCAAGUCCACCAGGAAGAAGAGGUGUCCUUACACCAAAUACCAGACCCUGGAGCUGGAGAAGGAGUUCCUCUACAACAUGUACCUGACCAGGGACCGGCGGCUGGAGGUGGCGGGACUCUUGAAUUUGACAGAGAGACAAGUCAAGAUCUGGUUCCAGAACAGGAGGAUGAAGAUGAAGAAGCUGAUGAUCCGGGAGCGGAGGGGUGGGAAUGAAUGA